AUGAAAGGUGAAAAUGCCCCGGAUGAAUCUAUCAAUUUGAAGUUUUGUUAUGGAAUAAAUGAAUCAUUUAGUAGUGUACAUGUAGUAAAUAAAAUAAAUGAGGGCAAAAAAAAUGAUGUCCUCAUUAUAUACAGUUCAGAUAACAAUAUUGUCAUGCUUGUUGAUAAAAGGCAAAUAAUUUUUCGAGGACAUUUUAAUGAAAUUGCAAAUUUAGUUAAAAGCUAUAAUAACGAAUAUAUCGUUUCUUGUGAUAAAGGAUUUAAUUCAUCAAUUAUUUUAUGGAAAUUAUCUAAUAAUACAUUAGCUCCAAUAAAAAAAUUCGAACUCACUAAUUUACAAAAUAAUGAAGUAGACAAAAAUAUAUUGCAAACAAAUUCUGAACAAAAUUUAUCUCCUUAUACUAAUAAAGUUAAAGUUAAUAAUAAUCAAGUUAAAGAAAAUAAAAAUCAUGGUAUAGGAUAUGAAUGUAUUGAUAUAAGUUUUGACAAUGCAUAUAUAUGUGCAUUAACAGAGAGAAAAAUAUAUAAUAAAAAAAAUACUGAACAUGGUCAGGCAAAAAUAGAUCAUUUAAAUAAUAAUUAUGAACAUGCAAUACAAAAUGAUGAAAAUAAAAAAUGUGUGUAUUUUCAAGAGGUAAUAGUUUUUGAUGUUAAUGGAGGAGAAAAAAACCAAAUUGUCUGUAGAGAUAAAAUUUUUGGAAAAGAUAAACAAAAUAAAAUACGGUUUAAUAAUAAAUAUGAAAUUGUUACAAAUAGUUGUUCAAAAUUAUAUAUUUACAACUUUGAUAUAAAAAAAAAAAAAAUUAAUCAUUAUAGCCCGUCUUUGUAUAAAAGUAAUAAAAUACAUGAACAGUUAAUAUUUACUGAAACAUCUUUUGUACAAGAUUCUUCGACAUUAUUAACAGGCACAACUAAUGGAUAUUUAGUUAUAUGGGAUUAUAGUACUAUAUUUAUUAAUAAAACAAAAAAUACUAUUAAACAAAGAGAAUAUCAAAAAUCUUUAGAAAUAAAAAAAAAUGUCUCUAUAAAUAAUAUAAUAAGCUAUGGAAAUUUUAUUAUAUUGGGAUUAGAUGAUGGUACAGUACAAAUUUUUGAUAAGCAAUUAAAAUGUUAUGCAUGGUUUAAAAAUCAAGAUAUAGGUGCAAUCAAAUCCAUAUCAUUUGAAUAUUCAAAUUUUGACGAAGAUUUUUUUUCAUGGAAUUCUUUUAUUCUAUUUACUGAUAAAAAUAUUAUUAAACAAAUAUAUCCAAAUAAUUUUAAUACUUGGGACGAUUUUUAUACACCUUCAAAUGGAAUUCAGAAUAAUGUUGAAACUGCAAAAUCUCAUCACCCAUCAGUUGCUAAAAAUGAUAAUUCAAAAAUAACGAAAAAAAAUGAUGAAGACAAAAUAUUACUUCAAUUCAAUAGUAACUAUAUUAAUUGUAUAUGCAUAAAUCCUCUAUGCAAUGAAAACAUAAUAUAUAUUGGCAACGCAAAUGGGUUAAUUGAAGUGUUUGAUUUUGAAAAAAAUGUAACUAUCAAUUCAAUUUAUUUACAAGACAAAGAAAUUACUACUAUUGUUUUUAGUAAUAAUGGUGAAAUUCUUUCUGUAGGAUCGAAAUGUGGAUAUAUAUACUUGAUAAAAAAAAAUAAUUUUGAAAUAUUUUUUACUAGUAAAGAUAUGAAAUAUGAAAUUGCAUUUUUAUAUUUUAGCCAUGAUGACAAAAUAUUAGUCUCAAGUUCAGCAAAUGGAAAUAUUGUUAUUUAUAAAAAUAAUACAACUACUGCUUUCAGUUCUGAUGAAAAAUCGGACUGGAAAUUUGCAUACAAAAUUAUUAGCAAUAAUGAAAAUACAUUGACUGAUUUAAAAAUCGUUAAAAAUAAUAAUGGAGAAUAUAUUAUAGCUGCUAUUACAGACAAUAGACAUUUAGUAUUUUAUAAUUAUAAUUUUUCUGAAAACACUGUCUCUAUAUCUUAUAUAUCAAUAGAGCAAGUACACACACCAACAUGUAUAUCUCCAACUUUACACUUUUAUAAUAGACAAAUUUUAUGUAUAUGUAAUGAUAAAAGAAAUAUUCGUUUUUUUGAUAUAGAAACGAAAAAAAUAAUUAAAACUGUAUUUUUGCCAUUUAAAAAUCAAGACGUUAAACAUUUCAUGCAUAUUACAGAUGAUUCACCAUCACAAAAUGAGGUUACUCCAAAUGAAGAUAACAAAGUUGAUAUAAAUUCAUUGCCAGAAGAUUUAUACCUUCAAGAAAUAAAACAUGAUUUUAAUAAAAAUCAAAUUUUUAUGCUUAGUCUUAAUGAAAAAAUGAUUGUAUUUACUACAAGCCCAAUUGAUUCAAAUUGUUUUAGAUAUAUUGGGAUUAUUGUAUGUAGUGGUAAUAUAAAAUGUAUUAUAUAUAAAAAUCAAAAUGUUAUUAUAUUAAGUAAAAAUAAAAUAUUUUACUUUAAUAUUAAUACUCAAACUUUAAAAAAAUAUAUAGAAUCUCAAAGCAAUACAAUGCAAAUUUUUAUAGAACAAUUAGGUGGCGAAAAAAGUAAAAUAUACAAUCAAAUUGUAGACUCUUUUUAUUAUUGUGAAAUUCAAAAAAAAAAAUUUCAAAAUAAAAAUGAAAAACAUGAUAUUAAGAAAAUAUUAAAUAUUUUAUCUAUUGAAUAUAUUUUUGCCUCUAUAAAUAUUUUCUUAUCUAAAUUUGAAAUACAAAAUAUAAUACAAGAAUAUCAUUUUUACUAUAAAUAUGUAAUUCCUCUCCUAAAUAAAAAUAAUAUAUUAACUAGCCAUAAUAAAAUACAACAAAAUUAUGAACAGUUCAUAAAUCAUUCUAUUGAAAUGGGAAAUCUUACAUUAUUAAACUAUAAAUCAAAUGAUGAUAUUCUUCUCCAAAAUAUAUAUUUCGUUAAGCCCGACCCUAAAUAUGUAGAUAAAGACUGCAAAGAAAAUGAAAAUAAAACAGAUAUAACAAUGGAAUGUGAAAAUAUAUUUUUUAAUAUUAAUGCAUUUAUAUAUACCUAUUUUAAUUUUGCAAUUCAUGAAGAAAUAAAUUUUGAAAAAAUUAUACAAGAUAUAAAAAGUUAUUACCAAAAAAAAAAUAAUAAGACAACCAUUUUAUGUGACGACUUUUUAAAUAUAUUAAAUAAUUAUGGAGAAAAUAUGGAUCCAAAUGAGUUUAAAAGAAUAUAUCAAAUUUUUACAGAAAAUUAUGAUUUCCUUAAUGAAGAUGAAAUAUUUGAUUUUGACAUUUUACAAAAUUUAGUUCAAUAA